UGUAAUGAGAGCACAGCAACUCUUAUACACUUUCAAAUUGAGCUUGAUGUUUGGAUAGAAACACUGGCUGUCAUUGAACAUCAGUUGGAAAAUAAGAAGAGACGAUACUGGGCUUUUAAGGGAUCAUUGGCAGGGUUGCGCGGCACGCAGACGUGGUAAUGCCAAGAGCUGAAUCCACUGCAAUGGACAACUCGUGUCAGGCCCUGUGUCGAACCUUAGUCACUCAAAAUGGCCUUCAGCCAGAGAACGUGGACAUUUCGCAGUCUGUGCUAUACACAUCCAUCAUGGGACUCCUGCUGGUGACAGACAAUGAGAAAGAGCUGCAACUGGGAAAUGGACAAGUUGGACUGCGUAACAUUGGAAAUACCUGUUUCCUUAACGCCAUCGUGCAGUGUCUCUCUCACACUCGUAGUCUUCGGGACUACUGUCUGAUGAGAACUUACCUUCAGGACAAACACUCCAACCAGGAACCUGGGCUUAUGAAUGAAUUCUCUAAAGUUCUGGCUGGCUUGUGGGAAUGUGAUAGUGGGGAAACCACAGUGAAUCCUGGGAAGUUUUAUCAUGUCUUUAAAGAGUCAGUGCCUUACUUCAGCGGCUAUAGUCAGCAGGACGCUCAGGAGUUCUUGCGGUUCCUCUUGGACAGGCUUCAUACAGAAAUCAACCGUCGUCCAGCCAAACGUCCUGCAGUUAUGGAAGUUAAAGAACCAGCAUACACACGAUUCAGGAUUUCAGAAGAGGCCUUUGCAAUGUGGCAGAGACAUCUUGAUAGGGAUGACAGUAAAAUUGUCGAUUUGUUCUCCGGUCAGCUGCGCAGUUCUUUGCACUGUUCAGUCUGCUCCCAUUACUCCAACACCUUUGAUGUGUUUUGCGACCUGUCACUCCCCAUCCCAAAGCAGAAGAGUGACUAUGGGCGAACUGUCACACUGAGAGAGUGUCUAGACCUUUUUUCCCAAGAGGAAAAACUUGAUAAAGAAAACUCACCGAUGUGUGAGCGCUGUAACCGUCGCACUGAGAGCACAAAGAGACUGACCAUUCAAAGGUUUCCUAGGAUCCUCGUGAUACACUUGAAUCGAUUUGCCAUGUCAAGGUACUCGAUCUCAAAGAGCACGGUCCCGGUUUCUUUCCCCCUCAAUGGGCUGGAUUUAGGGCCAUUUGGACCUGUUGACUGCGGUCCAGUGCUGUAUGAUCUUUAUGCAUUAUGCAAUCAUUCAGGCACAGUGAAUAUGGGUCACUACACGGCUGCAUGUCGAGAGGAGGAGGGCUGGUGCUAUUAUAAUGACUCAUGUGUUGGUGAAAUAACAGAGGAGAAGCUUCAGUCAAAUCAGGCGUAUGUUCUCUUCUAUGAGCUCAAAAACUGCAAUAUCACCAGAAAGUGAGGGCAGAAAGUGUGUUUUUAGGGGAGACUUCGGUGAUUAUCUACCGAAUUUCAGAUACCACAGGAAAAAGUUGCACUUAUGUUUGAAGAAAGUGAAUGAGCUUGAAAAAAACUGGUCAAUUUACAUCAUUACAUUUCAUUGUACAUCUAUGACAUUGAGGUAUUUUUUUACUACACUAAACAAUGUGUUUUAUUAACUUUAUGCACUCAGGAAAACACACUACUUUAG